AUGGCGGCGGCGGCGGCGGCGGGUGGCGCGGCCCCGGAGCCGGAGCUGGAGCCGGAGCCACCGCGGCGCGGCCCGGCGGCGGAGGGCGAGGAGGAGGCGGCAGCGGAGGCGGAGCUGGCGGCGGAGCUGGCGGCGCGGCGCAGCGCUGAGGCGCGGCGGCUGGUGCUGUCGCCGCGGCGGCUGUCGGGCCCGCUCCCCGCCGGGCUGUCGCAGUGGUUCCCGGCGCUGGAGGUGCUGGACGUGAGCGGGACGGGGCUGGCGGAGCUGGGCGCGGAGCUGCUGGCCCUGCCGCGCCUCCACACGCUCCUGGCCAAGAACAACCGGCUGGGCGGGCCCGGCUCGCUGCCCAAGGGGCUGGGGCAGGCCCCGCUCGGCCGCUCCCUCCGCGUCCUCAACCUCAGCGGGAACCGCUUCGCCGAGGUGCCGCCCGCCCUGCUGGGGCUCCGCGGGCUGCAGAGCCUCAGCCUCGGCGGCAACCGCCUCCACGGCAUCCCACCCGACAUCCAGGAGCUCCGCAGUUUAGAGUUUCUAUACCUCGGAGGGAAUUUCAUUACUUCAAUUCCACCUGAAUUAGCAAACCUGCCUUCUCUAAGCUAUCUAGUUCUGUGUGACAACAAGAUCCAGAGCAUUCCACCUCAGCUGGCACAGCUGCAUUCCCUGCGUUCCCUUAGCCUGCACAAUAACCUGCUGACUUACCUUCCUCGAGAGAUCCUUAACCUGGUUCACCUGGAAGAGCUGAGCUUGCGUGGGAACCCACUGGUGGUUCGGUUUGUCCGUGACCUGACCUACAAUCCCCCGAGCCUUCAGGAACUGGCUGGACGCACAAUUAAAACUCGCAAUGUUCCCUACGCUCCAAGCGAUCUCCCCGAGAAUCUUGUCCGGUAUCUGAGCUUGGCCAGCAACUGUCCCAAUCCUAAAUGCGGGGGUGUCUACUUUGACAGCUGCGUCAGACAAAUCAAGUUCGUUGACUUCUGCGGGAAGUAUCGCCUCCCGCUGAUGCACUACCUGUGCUCCCCAGAGUGCUCCUCUCCCUGCAGCUCUGCCUCCCAGAGCUCUACUUCCCAGAGCGAGUCUGACUCUGAGGACGAAGCCAGCGUCGCUGCGCGCAGGAUGCAGAAAGUCCUUCUGGGAUAAGAGGGAGCGAGAGGGGAAGACGGGAAGGAAAACGUAUUUGAAAAGCAAUAAUGGAACAGCAAAGCAUGAGCCUCUGGCCUGAAGGGCUCACAAGAAACUGUCCUCAAGUCCAUGUAAGGGGCAGAACAUCUUGGCAAGCCUAGACUUGCUUGGUGCAGUGCUACUUAGGAGAACUCGGUGGCAUAGUGCCUGUAGGGUGCCUGGGGUUGUUAGAAACAUCUCCUGUCUGGGAGACGCCCCCCCCCAUUUGUACGGGCUGGGGAGGGGGAUUUGUUCUCACUGGCGGAUUGAGAAGAGUUUUAAUAUACGACACUUCACUGGACUUCAGUCAUCCUGCAGAGCAAAGGAGACUGUCCAGACCUUUUAACACUGUGGUAAAUCAGGAACAGGCUAAUGAUGCCAUGUGAGUAUGUAUGGACCCCAGAGUUUUAUAUAGCGUUUUGAUUCUUUGCUGUCUCCUUUGAUUUCAGUUACAGAUUUUACACCCAUCCACUAAAAAUGGGAGUUGGGUUGUUUUUUUUUGUUCAGGAGUAGAUUUUUCCAAACUCUGAUUACUCUGCCUAGAGGCUUAGGGUCUCUGUGCUGUUACAGGUGUUAUAGCCAUCAUAGAACUGAGCCACCUUUUUUCUCCCUUGUUAUACCAAGCUGCUCUUAGUGUUUCCUCCUAACUGUAUUUGUUGUUUUUCCUCCCUCUGCCUCUUCCCAUUACACCUGGAGUGUUGCUGUCUUUAUGGUGCCUUCAGAAAACAAACGAAUUGUUCUACUGAGACUUGGUAUUACUUCAGACUUGUGGCCAUACGUGCCUGUGCAAGGGACCAGAUGCGAUGCUCUGUAUCAUGUUUUUGAGUCUUGGCUUACUGGAACAAAUCUGCUUUUAUAGCUGUGAAUUGCAGGAAGGGUCUUGAUUGACGUUUCUUGUUUCUAAACAACCAUGUCCCCUGCUGCCACGAGCUCUGCUAUGCUUGGUACAGAGUUACUUUCCAUCUUCAAGGUCAUCUGCUUAAAGUAGGCAACAGCUUAAUGCAUUGGAAGUACUGAGAGAAGUGCUGUGGAGAAUGGGUUGUUUUCUUAUUCAUUAACAUGAGAGGAAAAGCCGGUAGGGAGGUUAAGGCAUGUUGUCUUAGCAUCUUGCACGAGGUGGUUUUGAAACCUCUUCCUUAUUUAUUUGUUUGCAUUUGCUCUUGUUAUAAUAGCUUUGGCAGUCUGCUGGGUUGUUCAAAUAACACCUUCAGUUAUCUUAAACUAUGUUUAAAAGAAAGCUGCAGAAAAUAGCUCAGAAUUUUUAAGUAUCAAGAAAUAGCUUAUAAAAAUCAAUAUUAUAAAUUGACAGGUGUCUAUAAAUCUACUUUAUGAGGCUGUUAUGUGUUUUGCUCAGUGAGAGCUGCCCCUUAUUAAUAUUUAAUGGCAGACAGUCCUUUUGAUGCAGUCUUCAGAUAGAGCAAAUCCAACUGUGCCUUCGAAUGCACGAGCAGGGCAAAUGCAUUGUGUAAAGAAGCUAAAUGAACAAGAAAAACUUUCCUUAACCCACUUUGGUCUGAAGAGGGAAAUUAAAAACCUGUGCUCUUCUCCUGCGUUCUGAAAACACAUGCACGUAUUUGAAUAUCUUACGGCAGCUCUGUGUUAAUGGUCCUGUUUAAUUAUAUUUGACACUUUAUAUAUUAAAGCACUUUGAUAAUUCUGCUCUUUGUAACUAGCUUUAGUGAUUUUUUUUUUUUUUAUUAGACUACAGUUUUUCCUUUAAUGUGACCUGAAGAACAAGGCCUGUGAAACUUUGUACAUUCCGGUCUGUCUCGGUGUGCAGGCUGAACUUCUUGCCUUGCAUUUCCUUGACAGCACUGCUCAUUUCCCCAGUUUCCUUUGGAGAGAACUGGGAUUUGAAAGAAAUUAUCUGCUUGUUAAAUAGCACCCCGUCUAUUAUUAAUCACAGAAUCAUUAAGGUUGGAAAAGACCUGUAAGAUCAUCAAGUCCAACCAUCAACUCAACUUAGUCUGAAGAUUCCCCACAUGCUCAGAUCCACAAGAAACUAAAUUGCACGUGCUCUGUGCCUUUCCAAAUAAUCUCUUUAAAGCCUAUUUUUAAGACACAGUAAGGUAUAUGUGCAAGCAACUGGAUGUCACUUUAGCAAAUCUUGAGGGGUUUGCUUGGGAAGAAGAACCUACAGAUUUUGAGAGAAACCGACUGCAUGCUGUUAGUUAAAUCGGGAUCCAUGAGCGGUCUGUGUUUUGUUCUUCAUCUCCUCUUUCAGUUGCUCCUUCCUGUCCCAAGUUAAUGUCGUCAUAGCAGUGCUAAAGGACAGUAGACUGGUUGCAGAGCCACGAUUUUAAAUUAGCUGCUAGUAUAACAGUAGUGAGCAACUGAGUGAUCUGGAGCUUGGCUCUUCUGCCAGUGAAAGUGAGCCACACAAGUUGAGAUCUCAAGAUCGUUUGAGCUCAGGGCCAUGAGGUACCACCUUCCUUUCUUCUCUUUAGCAGCAGCUGUCUUGAAGUCAUGCAUUUCUUUCACUUCACAAAGUUAGAUUUCACCACGGUUCCUGUUUGCACAGUAGCACCUCUGUGUGCGACGGGCUAAGGCCAGUGGUGCUGGUUCUAAUUUAGCUCCAUUCUUAACUGCAUUUUCUUUCCUAACUGAACAGGCGUCCCGUUUCUGCUCCAAUUCUAAUCUUUUUUCACAGCUUCUUCACUGUAGCCAGGUCAAAACUUGACAGCUUAUGCAGUUGAUAUUUCUGUCCAUUUUUAGACCUGGUAAAAUGUCUUGUCUCUUAAAAAUUUAUAUAUAUUCCCAAAUAUAGCUACCAAGUUUUCUUUUUGCUGCUGGGCUUUAAAGUGCAAUUCAAGUAAGUUAGAAUUUAAAACAAUCAGGGACCUGUAAGAAAAACAAAUAUUUGUUUGCUUGAUUUUUUUUCCCUCAGAGGUGGAUUUGAGGGGACUAGGGAUGCAGAUUUGUACUGCAGUGCCUAACGUACUGAGCCCCUGGGAGUCAAGUUUUUCAGCAACUGUUAGCCGCCAAAGACUGGAAAAUGUACUGGGCAAUAAAAUAGGUAAGACACAACUUGAAAAUACACUGAUGGAUGGUAGGGACGAGUUCCUACCGUCCCCUUCUUGGGGGCCCUGCGAAGUAGACAGUGGUUUUGCCAGCAUUAUAGCUCUCUUUGUCAGUUUUAAAUAGUGGAUUUCAGUUCUUACAGAUGUGUCUCUGAGUGAUGUCUUAAGUCAGUGUUUUGGUAUCAGUCCCCUUGUUGCUACAGCAGCCCAGCACGUCUGGCUUUUGAAACUGUUCUUAAGCAGAGACGCAAGUGUGUGAAGCAAAGUUGCUCGUUCCCUCUUCCCUGCGGGGCCCUGCCGGCAUUCAUCCUCUGCCCUGCCGUCUCUCUGCCAAGGGGAGCUGCUGGUGCGUUUCUGAAUGCAGGUACUUCAUGUGAACAGUGGGGUCGCAUUAAAAAGAAGCAAAAUAACAGUUUGACUGGAAGCAACUUAAACAGUUGCCAAUUCUUUUAUGUUCCUCUUUCUUUAAUAAGAGGUGAGACUUGAGGAAGUCAGUAAUGAAUAUUUAAACAUACUCUGAAGUGGCCAGAUGCAGUUUUUCAUGGGCUUCUGUCCUGGUCAUUUUGAGUCUUUGAAAUCUUGUGUUGAAUUAUAAUGGGAGUGGGGAGGGGAGGGAGGGAAG